GGUGGAACCAAAAUAAAAAAGUGCUGUGCGACUGUCAGUUCACAAUUUGAUCUUCAUUUCGGCUCUCUUUUUGGUUCAAGAGGGAGGCCAAGAAUGAAGAUAGCUAUUUGUUAGAAAAGAUUUCUUGUGAUCUUCUUCAGCUGCCCUGUAAAACUUGGAAAAGAAGAUAUUUAUGUCAGCAUUAAGGAGAGAAAAUGAAGUUGAAGGUAGUGUGUAGAAAAGUGUAUAAUUACAUUCGAUAUGAUCUUAAAGAAAUUGCUUUUCCUUCAUCUCUGCCUGAUCCUCCUCACAUUAAAAAGCGCCGCAAAUUGACUUGGCAUGAGAGAUUUUUGGUGUUGAAGGAGGCAUCAAGGCUUUAUGCUGCAAGCUGGGUACGGGAUAUUGGUCCUGAUCUUCGCCCAAAUGACUAUAAGAAGGAUGAAGGACCUGAGGAUAAACCAACUGGGUCUAAUAAUACAACUAAAGAGAAAGAACCCUCAACGUUGGAAGAUCUUGCUGUAGCUGCAAGAGGUGGCAUGGAGACAUUGAGACCUGCUUUGCAGCGAGUGUACAUGACUAGAGUCUCUGCAUAUAAAGAUGCUCUUAAAAGCUUUAUAGAAGGAUAUCAGGAAGGUGUGCAGCAAGUUAUGGAAAAGAAAGAAGAUUCCAAAACAGAAAAAGAAGGGGAUACAUCCAAAAUAUCAAGUUGACCACAUGUUAGUCUAGGAGGCAAAUUUUUGUGAGUUCUUUAUAAUAUCUACCGUUGGUAGAGCUUUCUUAGCACAAUAAUCAUAUCUUUUGAGGUUUAUCAUUCUAUAGAAGAACAGGAAAACUGCCAAUAUAUUGGAAAAUAUUUUGUAUACAUGACUUCUUUUUAGAGUUUUC